AAAGCCUCUAAGUGAAACUGAAAAUGCAGAGCCCCUCCCUUAAAGGGACCGACAUUCCUGCCGGCCAGAUCCACAAGGGAAAUAUCGAACAACAGAGAAAUCUCAACAAGCCAAGAUCCAACCUAUGAAAGCUUGCCAGUAUGGCUGGGCUACGUGGGCUCCGCUCCUGACCCCUUGAAGGCAAGGUAUUUAGAGAAAAAGAGAAGAGCUUGCGGGUGCUGUGCCUGUGUCUGCGAUGCUUACCUGGCCGACGGGGCUGCUGCAGCUGCUUCUGCUCCAGACCGCCUGGAAAAUGGGGAGCGGCCAGCUCCAUUAUUCUGUGCUGGAGGAAUCCCAGCACGGCACCUUUGUGGGCCGCAUCGCCCAGGAUCUGGGGUUGGAGGUGAGCGAGCUGGUGCCUCGGAUGUUCCGGAUGCUGUCCAAAGGAGAGAAGGACUAUUUUGAGGUAAACCUGCAGAAUGGGAUCUUGUUUGUAAAUUCCCGGAUAGACAGGGAGGAGCUGUGUGCCAAGACUGCAGACUGUGUCCUUCAUCUGGAGGUGAUUGUGGAGAAACCUCUGAGGUUCUUCCAUGUGGAGGUGGAAGUCAAAGACAUGAAUGACAAUGCUCCCGUCUUCUCUGCCAGAGAACAGAUCCUGAGCAUAGCAGAACUCAUAACCUCUGGCACCCAGUUCCUAUUAGAAGGAGCAUCUGAUGCAGAUAUUGGUACCAAUGCGCUGUUAACCUACAAGCUCAGCAUGAAUAACCAUUUUGUUCUUGAUUCAGGAAGUGAUGAAGAUGAGAGCAACUCUGUACUACUUGAACUGAAGAUUCCACUUGACAGGGAGGAGAGCCCUGUGCAUCAUUUAGUACUGACAGCCACUGAUGGGGGUGAACCAAAACUCACAGGAACUGUUCAGCUGGUCAUCAAUGUGCUGGAUGGAAAUGAUAACCCUCCUACAUUUGAUCAAUCGCUUUACAGGAUAAAAUUGCUAGAAAAUACAGCUAGUGGAUCAUUAGUUAUUAUUCUGAAUGCUACAGACUUAGAUGAAGGGAUUAAUAGUGAAAUUUGUUAUUUUUUCAGUAAUAAAGUACCUCUACAUUUUAAAAAUACAUUUGAUAUUAAUUCUGAUACUGGGGAAAUCUCGGUGAUUGGAAAAUUGGAUUAUGAAGACACAAAUUUCUAUGAACUUCAUAUUGUUGCAGAAGAUAAAGGCAGUCCUCCAUUGUCCAAACAAUGUAAACUUCUCAUUGACAUAUUGGACAUAAAUGACAAUAUUCCUGAAGUAUCUGUCAAUUCCUUAUUUGUGCCAUUACCAGAAGAUUCCACACCAGGGACUGUAGUAGCCAUCAUCAGUGCUUUAGACAAGGAUCCUGGUACCAAUGGACAAGUAAGAUGUUUUUUAUGGCCCACUGGAGUACCCUUCAAACUCGAGUCCACAUUCAAGAACUACUACUCCCUGAUUGUUGGUGCAGUCUUAGAUCAAGAGCAGGUGGCUGAGUACAGGAUGGUUGUGACAGUGGAAGAUCAGGGUGUUCCACCCCUGUCUUCUAGCAUCAGCCUCUUAGUGCCUAUCAGUGACAUAAAUGAUAAUGCUCCAACUUUCUCACAGCCCUCCUACACAGUCUUUGUGAAGGAGAACAAUCCCCCUGGUGCUCACAUCUUCACAGUAUCUGCCUUGGACCCAGACGUAGCUGAGAAUGCCCUGAUCACCUAUUGGAUAGACGAGAAGCUGUGGCCAUUGUCAAGCUACAUCUCUGUACAUUCGGAGAGUGGAAAGCUCUAUGCUAUGCAAUCAUUGGACUAUGAGGAGUUGAAACUGCUGGAGUUUCAGGUGAGAGCCAAGGAUGCUGGAAUGCCCUCAUUGUGUGGCAAUGCAACUGUUCAGGUCUUUGUGCUGGAUGAGAACGACAAUGCACCUGCCAUAUCAGGAUCAUCAGAAGAGAACCUGAUUCUUCUAGUGGUCCCCAUGAUGCCUGGGCAUAUUGUAGGCAAGAUCCAUGCCUUGGAUGCGGAUUCUGGCUACAAUGCGUGGCUCAGGUACGAACUGGUUGAAGAAAGCAGUGGUUCAUGGUCUGUGGGCCAAUACAGUGGUGAGCCUCUUCUUGCUGGCCACUCUCAUCUACAUGGCCCUGCGAUGCCACUGCAAGGCAAAGGAAUCCAUGGUUUAUGGCCCUGGCAUGGCCACCCUGGUCUGUGCCAGUGAAGUGGGCAGCUGGUCCUAUUCCAAUCGCCACAGCCACAUCCUGGCAGGGGUGAGUGCAGAAGCUGGUGCCAAAAGCGACCUUAUGAUUUUCAGUCCCAACAUUCCCAUUUUUGCAAAUAAUGGGGAACUUAGGAAUGGGACAGAAUUGC